AGACACUUACAGACACUUACAGUAACAGACACUUACAGUAACAGACACUUACAGUUACAGACACUUACAGUAACAGACACUUACAGUAACAGUACAGAGUAAGAUGUGGGACCCGGAUGAAGUGGCCCGGAUGUGUUAUGAUCGCUACACGGCGCUUCCUCCGAGAGGGAAACCGGAAGCAGGUCGUCAGUGGACUCAGCUAGCGGCGGUGGUUCAGGUCACGUGCUGUCCGGAAACGAACACCGUGCUGAAGGAGGUGGUGGCUUUGGGAACGGGAACCAAGUGCGUUGGGCGCAGUGCUAUGAGCCCUAAAGGUGACGUCCUGAAUGACAGCCACGCCGAGGUGAUCGUCAGGAGGAGCUGCGUAAGGUACAUGAUGGAGCAGCUGUGUGUGGUGAUGAGAGAUGGUCACAGCUCUGUGUUCUGUCGCGCUGAUCAAACAGGGAAGUGGAGAAUUCGUCCUGAAGUCUCCUUCCUGUUUUUCUGCAGUCACACCCCAUGUGGAGAUGCCUCUAUUAUCCCCAUGAUGGAGAGCCAGGCUCAGCCCUGCCCGCCGGUCCCCCGAGCCAAUCAGGAGUUGGAGCAGGGAGACAGGAAGCGGAGUGCUGAGAAUGAGACGGGUGGAGUAAAGAAGCGUGUCAGAGUGGACAGACAGCAGGACAAUGGUGUAGGGGAUGACGGAGUGGGGGUGGUUUUAGGUAGUGAGUGUGUGGAGGUGAGCUCAGGUGAGCGUGUGUGUGACGUGCACCGCACCGGGGCGAAGUGCGUUCCUGGGGCGCAGAGCGACCCGCGAGGGCCGGGGCUGGACUUCCACACAGUGGGGACGUUGCGUGUGAAACCGGGCCGAGGAGAACCCACACUCUCGCUGUCCUGCAGUGACAAACUGAGCCGCUGGUGUGUGCUUGGCUUCCAGGGGGCACUGCUGAGCCACUUCCUGCAGGGGGGCGUGUACUUUAAGGCUGUGGUGGUGGGGAAGUGUCCUUACAGCUCACACGCCCUCCACCGCGCCAUCACAAGAUGUGUGAGUGUGAUGGGUUUGCCAGCUGGAUUCUCUCCACACACUCCUGAGCUCCUACAGUCCAAUGUGGAGUUCACACACGGUCGCACACACACACUGCAAUCCCAUGAUGCCUCUCAGCAGGGCCGUGUGGUGCCGUGUGGAGCUGCCAUAAGCUGGUGUAAGAUCUCCUCUCAGCCUCUGGAUGUCACUGCUAAUGGCUAUAAGCAGGGCGCGACUAAGAAAUCUCUGGGAACACCACAGGCUCGAUCAUUGAUCAGUAAGGUGGAGCUUUUUCACUCCUUCCUGAAGCUGCUGGACUUAACAGACCCUUCAGAGCUUCCUGAGUCCCUCAGGGGAAAAGCUCUGAGCUCAUAUUUAGACUAUAAAGUAGCAGCGGAUGAAUACCAGCAGGUCUGGACUGCACUGCGCACUCAAGUAUUCAGUCUGUGGCCUCAGAGCCCUAGACACCUUCUGCACUUCACCUGACACACACACACACACACACACACACACACACACACAGGUGUGGUGUGAAAUGUAAAACCAGUUCUCCGGCUGUAAAACCUUUACAACAGGCAGUGGUGAUGAUGGCCAUCAUUUCGCCACCAUGACUACAGCUCAUCAUUAAAGUCCCCUAAACCUUAUGCACUGUUAUAAAGCAGUUAAAUAUUAA